GCUGCCUGCAUUGUCUGGGCCCGUCCUUCACAUGUGUACGUGUGCCUGCGUCUGCAUCGGGAAACCCAAGCUAUUUAACAGGCGGGCACCCAGGCAAGCAGCCCCCAUCAAGGCAGCCCCACAAGAGCUUUGCCUUGAGUUGCCGCUGCUGCUGCCAGCAUGAGCGUGGCCUCACCUGCACCCCUCCCCGUGGAUCAGCCCUACCCGGGGGGCACGGGCCCCCGCUAUGCGACCUGGCGAGUGGAGCUGGGAGGUCCAUCCUGCCCGGCCCUCAAGGGCUUGUGCACUGCCAAGAGGCUCCUGCUGCUGCUGGCGGUCGUGGGGCUGCUGGCCGGGGUGGCCGCCGGGCUGUGGCUCCUAGCGUGGCACCUGAGGCAGCCCCCGAGGGGGCAGGAGACUCCUGCCCUGCCGGACCUGGCGGUGACCUUGAACUGCAGGGAUACGGAGGAGGAUGAGGAGCCUGCCUCGGCCAUGCCUGCCUUGGCCCCGCAGAGAGUCUCUUUCAGGAUCACCACGGGGACCUUCCUGCUGGAAGUGCAGGUGCCGGGCGUGCCGGGCUGGCGCUUGGCUUGUCACGACUACUGGAGCCUGGCGCAGGGGACGUGGGUCUGCCGGCAGCUCGGGCACCUCAGACUCACCCACCACAAAGGCGUGAACCUGACUGACAUCCAGGCUGACACCGGGCAGGAGUUUGCCCAGAUCCUGCCCAACCCUGCGAGUGACAUGGAGGACGUGUGGCAAAUCAGGCACGGCUGCGAGUCCGGCCGCAUCGUGGCCUUGAAGUGUUCUGAGUGCGGGGCGCGUGCCCAGGAUGCACGGGUCGUCGGCGGAAGCGAUGCGGCACCAGGCCGCUGGCCCUGGCAGGUCAGCCUGCACCUGGAUGCCCAGCACCUCUGCGGGGGCUCCUUGGUGGCACCCGAGUGGGUCGUCACAGCCGCUCACUGUGUGCACAGUUACAGGCACCUGCCGGUCUCCCGGUGGCAGGUCUUCGCCGGGCUGGUCACGCAGGCUGUGGGUUGGCAGGCAAUUGGGGCCGUGCCGGGGAGCAUCCUCUCCCACCCCCGCUACAACGACAGCAGCCACGACUACGACAUCGCACUGAUCAAGCUCCGCACCCCCUUGCGCUUCUCGGAUGCUGUCCACGCUGUGUGCCUCCCGCCGUACCACCAGGACCUCCCCGCAGGCACUGCAUGCUGGAUCUCUGGCUGGGGAUACACCCAGCCUGGGCACGCGCACAUUGCCGAGAUCUUGAAGGAAGCCCUCGUCCCCCUGAUCAGCGCCAAGAAAUGCAACGGGUCCUGCGUGUACUCGGGUGAGCUCAGCCCCAGGAUGCUGUGCGCCGGCUACUUGGACGGGAAGGUGGAUGCCUGCCAGGGAGACAGCGGUGGGCCCCUGGUCUGCCCGGACGACCUUGUCUGGCGCCUCGUGGGCAUCGUCAGCUGGGGCACGGGCUGCGCCGAGCCCAACCACCCAGGCGUCUACACCAAGGUGGCUGAAUUCCUGGACUGGAUUUAUUACAGCAUUGAGACCUAGAAGCACUGCAAAGGGCCACCUGGAGAAGCCGACCCUGGCUGUGGAGACACGGGCCAGAAGAAGGGGCCGGGCCUAAGUGACCCCCACUGCUCCGGUGACCCUCCGGCCACACGUCCCUCAGGGGAGGAUGCCCGUUUUGGGGACUGACUUUGCAGGCAGGGUGGAUGGCAAGGUGGGUGCGAGCUGUUGGCUUUGUAGGUGUGCUGCCUGCUCCUGCCUUGCCUUUCCAGCUGGAGGACAGUGCAAAUGCCAUCGCCCCUGCGGAGAAAUCCUCGCUCCAAGCCUCCCGACUCCAGAGCUGCACUCAGGGGAGAUCCCCAGAAGAGCCCGUGGGCUGAGGCAGCAGAGCCUGGAGGUGGAAGAGCUCAGGGGCGCCUCUGGGAGCUGGAGUCAGACCUACCCACGACAUGCCCUGCACGUAGCCCCCAGCCUCCUGGUUUCCUCCUUGCCUUGCUGCCUCCCUCGCCCAGCCCUGCUCCAUGGACUGCAGGUGCCCUUGGGGCUGAGGGCAGCAGAGGAGCAACGCAGGGUGUGUUGUUACAUGCAAAGUGGGGAAUAAAGAUUGGGAAGUGUA